AUGGGGAUCUCAAUCCUCAAAACUCUCCUUUCUCGGUUCCUUUCCUUCUGGUUGAUGUUUCAGGUACUCGCUGCCUCAAGGGCGGGUGCUGGUAGCUUCAGCGUGGACCAGUACAAGGAGGCACUGGGGAAGAGCUCUCUCUUCUGGGAAGCGCAACGGUCCGGCAAACUCCCCUCAACGAACCGUGUACCAUGGCGGGCCGACUCCGCGUUGCAGGACGGAGCUCAAGCGGGGGUGGACCUGACGGGAGGCUACUACGACGCUGGCAACAACUGCAAAUACAACUUCCCAAUGGCUUUCACUGUCACCAUGAUCUCCUGGGCCGUUGUGGAAUAUGGGGACACUAUCGCUGCGGUCGGCGAACUUCCGCAAGCACUGGCCGUCAUUCGUUGGGGAACGGACUACUUCCUGAAGUCCUUCUUUCCGCCAUCGCUUCUCUACGCCGGAGUGGGGGACGAAGCAGCGGACAAUGCCUGCUGGGAGCGCCCCGAGACGAUGGACACCCCUCGCACUGAGUACAAGGUGGACCAGCGCGCAGGCGGCUCAGAUCUGGCGGGCGAAAUGGCGGCCGCGCUCGCGGCCGCGUCGAUCGCGUUCCGGCCGAUCGACCCCCCCUACGCGGACACUCUUCUCAGCACAGCGAAGCAGCUCUUCCGGUUCGCAGACCAAUACCGAGGACUCUACAGCGACACCGUGACACAGGUCCAGUCCUCCUACAAGUCCCAGGGUUUCGCAGACGAGCUCCUCUGGGCGGCCGCGUGGCUCCAUCGUGCGUCGGCCGACGGUACGUACCUCCAGUACAUCACGACCGGCGCCUCAAGCCUGGGAGCUCUGGGAAUCGCAACCGAGUUCUCCUGGGAGACAAAACUAGCCGGGGCACAGGUUCUGGUCGCCCGGCAAGCCCUCAACUGCGCCCGGGGAAACGACCCGGUUGUCUUUCAAAUGAAAGCGGCCGCGGAGCAGUACGUGUGCCAUUACGUCGACGGACACGUGGCGACCACGCCGGACGGGCUCGCCUGGGUGCGCGAGCUGCCUCUGCAAUACGCUAUGAGCGCCGCUUUUGUGGCGAUGGUCUACAGCGACUAUCUGGCCGCGGCGGGGGGAGUGCUCACCUGCAGCGGGACAAUCUAUCAGCCUGAACAGUCUCUUUCUGACGUCAGCAACGUCAUCACCGGGGCCAUCGUCGGCGGCCCCGCCCAGGACGGCUCCUUCUCCCUCGACCGCGGCAACUUCAACAAGACCGAGCCCACCAUCUACAUCAACCCGGGCUUCUACGGCGCGGCCGCGCGCCUCGUGCGCGGCACCGCGGCCGCGCUCGCGCCCGCCUGCGCGUCAUCCGCGGCCGCCACACUGACAGCCGCGCCCCCCUCUCCCCCUGCCCCGACCACCCCGGCACCAAGCGACGCUCCGCCCACACUGAUUCCGGUGCCAGUCGCCGUUGCUUCAGCGCCCGGAACCCCUCCCCCGAGCGCUUUUACACCGACCGGUGCUCCUCCAGACCCGCUGACCGUUGCUCCAGCCCCUAGUCCUGCUUCUCUGACCGCUACGUCUCCCGCCCCAAGUAUCGCGCUCCCGACGGUUACUUCCGGCCCCAGUACUGCUCCCCCGACCACUACUCCUGUCCCCAGUACUGCUUCUCCGACCGUUCCUCCUGUCCCCACCACUGCUCCCCCAACCGCUGCUCCAGUCCUCAGCACUUUUCCCCCGGCCCCUGCUCCCGCUCCAAGUACCGCUCUCCUAACCGCUCAGGCGCCCGUGACGGAUCCCGCGAGUCCUGCUAUGACACCCAUAACCCCUCCCCCGACCCCCGCUCCAACGUCGAGUAUCCCCGCCCCAUUCUCCACUCCAGCGCCCCCGGCCACUGCUCCAGCGCCCGGUUCUCCUCCUCCGACCACUGCCUCAGCCGUUCCGACCCCUUCUCCCGCGCCCGGUUCUUCUUUCCCGACCACCGCUCCCAGUUCAGGCCCCGCCAGCCUCACCUUCUCAACGACAGUCGAUUCCUCCUGGGCCCAAGGCGGGCAGACCUUCUUCCAGUACCGGGUUACCAUCACGAACGUCAGCAAGGGGACGGCUCGUGACGUCGUGCUGACGUGCGCCGGGUUCAGCCCGGUGGACUACUGGAACCUCGUCCCCCUCGGGAACGGGCAGUGCGCAUUGCCGGCGUGGCACGCUCCCCUGGCCCCGGGGGAAAGUUACAUGUUCUUCUACGUCCAGACCGGCGACCCAGCGCAGUUCUCAGUGGCCCCUUGA